AUGGGGAUGUAUGCUGCACAGUCCAUGGCCGGGGUGCUCGACGAGCUCACUCUAGGGUUGCCAUUCGAGCUCUUCACGCACGUGACCCAAUUUUGCGGAAUGAAGGUCGUGUUGCUGGGCCUGUACAACGGUCAGGGCCUGGAAAACGAGCCUGAGGGCGAUGUCGUGAUGUACACGCGAGACGACCGACAUGGGGAGCCCAGCUUCGUGCGCGUGCUGCUCCUUCGUGGGCGUCUGCAGGGUGCCGUCCUCAUCGGCGAAACUGGGCUCGAGGAGACGUUUGAGAAUCUGAUACUCAACCGCCUCGAUGUCACACAGCUCGGCGCCGACAUUCUGCAUCCCGAGGUCGACGAUGUGUUCGACUAG